CCUAAUAAUCCCUCUGUUCUCUGUCUUCAGAUCAUGCAGAAGCAUUGCCCCUACCUGAUGGGGCCCAUUGAGAGCCUAAGGGACAUGGUCUCCCCUGACACAGACAUCAAGGUAACACUGACGGUGUUUGAGCUGGCGUCUGCAGCAGGACUGACUUGUGACAUCGACCCUGCUUUGGUGGCAGCCGUCGCUAGUAUGCGUACAGAUAACUCAUCUGUUGAUGAGGAGUACAAGCUAACCUGCCUUCUCCUGGUUUACAUCGCCGUGUCUCUGCCCAUCCUGGCUUUGGAUCCCAACUCCUAUUACAGCAGACAUUAUGGUGGGCACCACAACAACAUCCACUGUCUGGCCACUGCCGUCAACCAGCUGUCCGCAGCCAUGUUCACCGUCGAGAGCAAGAACAUAGAACAGCACCUUAAAGAGUUCCUUCUGGUUGCGUCUUCCACCCUGCUCCAGCUGGGUCAGAAUGUAGAGAAUAGGGUGGACGGCAAGAACAGAGAUUCCAUCUACCUUCUCCUGCACAUGAUCGUGGAGGCGUCGCCGUUCCUGAGCCAGGACAUGUUGGAGAGCUGUUUCCCUUAUGUCCUGCUGAGGAACGCCUACAGAGAGGUCUACAAGAACUAUAUCAUUACGCUGGGCUAACACACACACACACACACACACACACACACUGCUGAGGAACGUCUACAGAGAGGUGUACAAGGCCUUCAUCAAAUCCCUGGGCCGGAUGCACUGAGUACCCAAUAUAACCUCUUCCAGGUUGGGAUUCAAGCCGCUCGCUUUUGUAGACAGUGUGGCUUUUCAAAGGCAAUGUUAACCGUGUUCGUCAGGCCUGCUGUAUAGCACAGUUUCAGAUUGAAUCCAGGCUCUAGUCUCUGAUGUCGCCAAACACUGCCUUCUGCUCUGUAGGGUCUAGGUCGUGUUACUGUAAAAGCUCUGUGGGGUCAACGUUGGAUUACUGUAAAAAGCCCUUUGUGACAACUUGAUGAAGUAAAAUGGGAUUUAUAAAUAAUGAUUGAUUGAUUUGUUACUAUGCACAGCUAACAAAAUAUAUGUGGCUUUGUAAACUUUCAGAACUAACAUAACCUUUAUUUAGCCAUUAUUAAAGGGUUUAUGAAAGAA